UUCCCCUAGUCGAUAAUGGACUUUACCAACUUUUGUUUACUGUCGGUCGUCGUAAAAGAAAAGAAGCAAAUGUUCUCAGGCACUCGGUACGCAAGUAGAUUUAUGUCUCGUGGAUGUGGAAGCAUGUCGAAGUAUUCUAAUAAGGAUUUAUUAACAAAGUCAAUUUUAAAGGAUAAUUCAACACCGACGCAAGCAAAUAUCGAAGGAAAUUUGCCAUUAUGGCUUUCUGGAGAAUUACUUCGUACUGGCCCAGCUGUUUUCGAAGUAGGCAAGGACCAGAUGAGGCACUUCUUUGAUGGCUAUGCGAUGCUGUUGCGUUUUACUAUUAAAGAGGGAAAUGUCACGUACCAGAGUCGCUUCCUCAACAGUGAUGCUUACACCAAAGCAUUUAAACAAAAUCGUAUAGUUUGCUCGGAAUUUGGAACUGUAUCAUAUCCAGAUCCGUGUAAAAAUAUCUUCCAUCGAUUCAUGUCAAAAUUUACCGUGGAAGAGAUGUCCGAUAAUGGAAACGUGAAUAUUCUUCCCAUUGCUGACGAGCUUUAUGCAUCAUCGGAAACGCAGAACCUGUGUAAACUUGAUUUAGAAACAUUGAAAAGUACUGAGAAAGUGAACCUGUAUAGUAGAAACAAUAUUGCGGUACAUACACAAACUGCGCACCCCCAUAUUGAAGCUGAUGGAACUGUUUACAACUUAGGAACAGCAUUCUCAGGGAGAAGUUGCUAUAAGAUUGUGCAAUUUGAUCCAAGCAAUGGAUUUGAAGGCAAGCAUCCUAGCCACACUAUGCAACUUCACUCUACUACAGUAGGCACUGAACCAGACACUGACCUUGUUCUUCCUACAGGCACCUCUUGUCGAGCCGUUCUGAAGAGUGAUGGCUGUGUUCAUUGUUAUUCUGAAGUAUUACUUGACACAGGUAUAGAACUUCCGCGCAUCAACUACAAAGAAUACAAUGGUAAGCCAUACAGAUAUGCUUAUGGAAUAAGUAAGGGAUUUGGUGAGUUGUUGAAACUUGAUGUUGAGGACAGGACCGCUGUGAGUUGGUCUGAAGAGGGCUGCUUCACUGCUGAACCAGUCUUUGUUCCUAAGCCAGGAGCAAAUGAUGAAGAUGAUGGAGUUGUUUUGUCAACAGUGCUGGAUGUUCGUGAGGGAAAACUCCCUUAUUUGCUCAUUCUUGAUGGAAAGACAUUUAAGGAGAUUUGCCGAGCAGUAGUCCCAGCUGAAAAGUGGUGCUUGAGUUUACAUGGCCUCUUCGUAUCAAAAUUCUAAGUCUGCAUAUUAAAAAUAUGUUCAGCUUUGUAUAGCACAUAUGGUGAACAUCUCAGCAUGCUUCACAGUUAUCAAAGGAAAAUUGGGGAAAGAAAUCUAACUAUAAUAAAAAUAAUAAUAAUAAUAAUAAAAAUAAUAAUAAUAAUAAUAAUUAUAAUAAUGAUAAUGAUAAUAAUAAUAAUAAUAAUAAGAGCACUAAGUAGAGAGCAUAUCUCCGCCCAUAAAAUAAAUCUCUCAGAAUAUGUUCCAAAUUUACUUCAACUACCACCUCAACACAAUUCACUCUGCUCUUCUUCAAAAACACACAGCAACUCACGAAAACACUUUUUAUUUCAAAGGAGCUCUAUUUCCACUUUUAGUCUUGGUUUUGGGGUACUCUUUUUUUAGAGUGGAAAUUUUUAGAUUUUGUAAUCCAAAUUGAUUUGCCCAAAAUUCACUGUCGGCAUAAUUUACACUACACAUGUUACGUUUCGGACGCAAAAUCCAAGAAACAUAUAAUAUUAAAACAUUUUAUUUUCCAGUACUGAAAAUGUGAAAAACGUGACAACCCACCUAAUUUCCAAACCACCACCUACUUAAAAAAAAAAAACCAAAAUGCCUUUUACUACAUUUUCCUUUAAAUAGUCCUCAUAUCCACACCCUACUCCAGACUGUCACUAAAGUUUAUUCAUUUCUUCAUUAGGUCAUACCUAACACUCCCUGUAACUUUUAUUCAGAUCUGUGCAGCCAUUUUUAUUUUGAUAUUUUGAACACACACACAAAAAUGCGACACACACACAAACUUACAUGACUAAAAAUAUAUAUAUUUCCUGGCGGAGAUAAUAAUACUGGUACAUAACCUAGCAUAUAAUCCUUAUUCUAGCCGAAAACUAAUCAUACUUCUUAAAAUAAACAUGAUUGGCCGUUAGCUUGCACUACUGGUUACUCGCAUUUCAAUAGAUAUCAUGGUUAAUAUUUAAUGAGUGUUAAUUGCUAUGUCAUGUGUCUGGUUUUGCUUCACUGGCGUUAAUGUUGCAAUUUAAAUGACUGAGGUUGUUCUUAUCUAGCAAACCACCAUACAAUUAUGGAAAAUGCCAAGUUCUUGCCAAUAUGGAUGUCUUAAUUAUACACCCCAAUAUACCGUAUUUAUUCAAAUAAACACUCCUGGGCGUUAAUUGUUGAGAAGGGUUUUGAGUGGUGUUUAGUUUUCGAGAGGCAUUUUUUCGAAGGGGGGUGUUUAUUUUUUUUGCCGUGAAAUGGGCACGUAUAUACUGUACUCAAAUAAAUGCCCCUUAAUUUCACUGUAAGCAGAAUUACAAUACAUAAUUAUGUCAAAAUAAUUAAUGUUAUUGGGUGAUCAUGAAGACAUAUAUUGAUCCCAACCAAGUCAAAAAAUGUAUAGAAUGUGUUGAAAAUGAUGUUGCUUCCAUUAGUUCUGUUUAGUCAUUUAUUCGAGGAAAAAAUAAAUGCCCUGGGUCGUUUGAAGGAGGGGUUUAUUCCAAAUGAGGCUCUGGAGGAGGCAUUUAUUCAAAUAAAUAUGUUAUGUAUUACUUUGGAUCUUAUAUAUCGCAAAAUUCUGCCUUUAUUUGUUUUGCACAAUAUUAGUUUUUGCAAAAAACGUCCUCAAGAUUAGAACCCGAGACUUUCCGAUACCAUCUGGAAACUCUAUCAGUAGAGCGAUGUGGUCAAGUGGUGUACACUCUUUGUGUUAGGGUCUCAAGAUAUUGUGUAAUAUGCAAUGAAUAAUGUUAAAUCACAUGAUGGUUUUUCAAAUCAGAAAACAAAGGAGAGUGAAAAUAUUUAUUAUAUUUAUAUAUCAUAAACAUUUAGAGGUAUGUUACGGUCAUAAUAUUUUGAAGUAUUUAUUUCAUCUGCCUUGUAUUGUAAUUGAUUUUGUUGCUAUUUUACAAAUUUAAAUGUCCUGUUAAAGGUUUACAAUGAAAUCAAAUAUUAUUUUAAACACUAGAUUUUCAGUAUGGCUAUUUAUACUUAUUUAUAUGUUGAGAUUUUGCUAUUGGCCAAGUGUUUAUGGGAACCCACUUUUAAAGCGAUUCACUCUUGAGAUUCUGUAAUUUUUGUUUUUGUAUGUGGAGAUGAAAUAAAGGAUAUAAAAUGCUAUACUGUAAAUGCGGCUGGUAUAUUUUCUUAACUACUGUAACAAAAUAUUGAUUAUGUCAAUAUAUUACUUUUCGGUAUUUUAAAUUUAUGUGAUGAUAUUCCUUAGAGUGUAAAUAGACUUUUGCCAGAGGAAAAAAAUGUCAACAGCAAUUAAGUUUGCUUUUCGUUUAUCCUGCCACUCACAAAUUGUUGUGUCCCUUUUUUUCAUUUUGUAUGUUUUUUAAAGUUGUUGGCAAAAUAAAUGAAAUGAAGCUAUUAAUCUGAGGAAA